CGGGCAUGCAAAUCCUGGACAAGUGCCAAAGCAUCAUCGUCGUCGUCAACAUCAUUCGAUUGCUGUAAAAUAAAGUUGUCCGAUUGCCAUCUUGGAGGGCUCUCCCCUACACGUACUUGUACACACCCUCACCCACCACUGCAAGACUCCUUCGAAUCAAUCGAGUCUCGCUGCAAGGCUGCUGCCCUCCAUCAGUAUCAACUCCGUCAACAUACGUCCAAUUGAUUCGCGCGCGGACUUGUCGCCAGAGUAACCCUCUCACGCCUCUUCCGCCGAGUCUCCUGUCAGUUGGUACCAUUGGUCCGCAACUGCGACUGUACAUUCCUCAGGACUCAAUUAUAGCAGUGAUUGCCUCCAGCUCUUCUCCGCCUCGACACGACGAGGGGCUAGCGAUACGAGGUCCAAGGGCGCGCGAGACGUGUUACAAAGGCAUCGGCUACCCAGACCAUUUUGAUUCAAAUUUCCAAACCGCCCUCCUGGCCCCCCCGUUUCCCGUCUUUCGUCACUCACUCCUCGAGCCUUGGGUUUACAAUCACCUCGACUUCUCCCUCUUACCACGGUCACCGUCACUGCCACUGCCACUACCUGGUUUUGGGUCAAUCUGGUUACAAACCAAUUCAUUACUACCUCAUUGCGGCGGAUCUGGUGUGCCGGCCAAUAACCCAGACGCAAGGACCAGAAAAAACCGACUUGCAGCCAGCCGAAGUCUCCACUACCAAACCAGCACUUGGACUGCACCAAAGACCGAUUUACAACCUUCGGCCUCAAUUCUCCAUUCUCCAUUCUACUUCUUUGCUCUCUUGAGCCUUGCCAGUCCCUGGGAAAACCGAUGAGCGUCUUGACAGUAGCUGGGACAAACAUCCCAGAUCCCACGCUCUCCUACCCUUACUCACAUUCUCCCGCCCCCAUUUCCUCGUUGCCUCCUCAUCCCGCGCCCUCGGUGGCUGACGGCGCCUUCACUCGACCACAGCGAAAAUCCUACAUUACGACAACAACCACUCCCAUAGCGCCGGCGCGAACGAUUAGCAAUCACCACCACUCGCGGACUGUUUCUUCCAACACUCUCCCUCCCUCCAAUUCUUUUGUGACCAGCGCCACUUCGUCCUCUGGCACUGGCCAUUCUCGCAUUCCCUCCACCUCUUCACAUUCGCGCCAAUCCUCCACCUCGAAUACUGCUAUGAGCAUGCACAGACAGGCCACGACCUCUUCGGCCGCCAGCGUGCCACGCCGCUCCACCUCUGGCCGCUCGACGGCCACAAACAGCCCCACAUCCUACGUAGCCUUAAUGCGGAAACAAAAGGCAACCGUGUGGUGCGAUCGAGCCCAAAACAUUGACCCACGGCUCGCUGCCGCCCAAAAAGCAGCAAAACACCGCGCUACACUUGAAGUUCAAGGAGUCGGCCAAGGGGGACGGACAAGCACCAUCUCCUCCGGUGGCGUGGUUGGCAAGAUCCGACAUGGCGGUGUCCCGAAAGCGCCCGGUUAUGUUCCGGCGAAUCUAACGGGCGCGUCUGUGCCUGUACGAUUGAGUGCCAACGAGGCGUUGGGCGACGAGGAAGAGGAAGGGAGAAGCUUAACCGGUGACAAUAGCAUGGUACAUGCCCGAACCGGGAGCGGGAGAAGCAGUACCAACAGCGCCAAAUACCGAAGCGGCUACCCACGUCCGGAUCAAGGACGAUUUAGCAGUACGAGCACACCGCCGAGCGAAGGGUCGCCAGGGCAAGGCAUUCCUGAAGACACAGAAACCGCCGAAGGCCCGAAACACGACUAUUUCAUCCACAGCGACAAAUCUACACCCGGCGGCCGGGAGAGCGAAGACUCAUUCGGCGAGUUGAAGGAGCUUUCUGGGCCAAGUGCUGUGCAACGGGCACUGGAGCAAGCGAAGAAAGUCGAGGACCUGCGGAGAAGAGGGAGUGUGGAUGAGCGGACGAUGAGCAUGGGUCAGCCGGGGGUGAGGCUUUUUGUGGCGAAUCCAGAUCUCGACGAUUAAUAUCCGGUUAUGUUUUGACGGUUUACUACGCAUCUUCUACUUGGGCCGGCCCUUUUUAUUCUUCUAGCUUGGGCAGGCAUUCUUGGGAUUUCGCUUUUGGACACAUAUGAAGGGGAACCAGACUUCGAAGUUGGUGACGAUGAGGAAUGCAAGCUACGACGAGGACAUGGAGAGGCAUGGCCAUGGAACUGCAAUGCGGCAUUUUCCUUACGAUAAUGAGAGAGCUUGGACUUAGCUAAUUGUUUGGGGGGG